GCUGCUAUCUCUCUUCUGUUAUCCCUCUUGGGCCAUUGCGCUGCUUGUACCCGACACGACCGGAUACCAACAAGCAAAGCUCUAACGACACCUCAUGGAAUCUAGGUUCGGUUUCACGGGCCGGCGCUUCAUGAUCACUGGCAAACAUGCCCAUGAGGGGCAUAUUGGACUUGUCGUUGGCUAUCGGCACAUUGAUCAACCCAAGAAGCCUACUGUCGGGCAGGAAUCUGCGCGGGAGCGUGUCGUCGAGCUCACUUUAAAUCUGGACGUUGGCGCCAAGGCUUACGUGGAAUUGGACCAGGUGGUCGAGAUUCAAACUGUACAGGACUCACAACCGGACACGUUCUACGACGACCUGCUCCACCGCAUCAGAAAUCCACAUCGAGAGGUAAUUCCGCCCCCAGAUGAGAGCGUGGAAGGAAACUAUGAGACGCCCAAGGGAUCAUCGUUGUCUGAUAAGCCAACAGACGUUUUUGAGCAUGAUGAUAUGUGGCUUGCGCAUCCAGACUUGAUGGGCAAGCGCAUCGACGUUAGAGUGAAAUCAGUGGCAGAGAUCGAGAAUGCCAGAGACAAGGAAAAGGAGCGAAUGAAGGGCAAAAACAGCCGCUAUCUUAAUGCUUUCAAGAAGAAGACAUUCCAACACGCUGGCAAGACAGGGCUUGUAGUCCCCUCUCAAAGCAUGCCCUGGAAUCGACGCCAAUUCAUGCAGAAAUUUGUGCUGAUCCAGCUGGGCGGCUACGAUAACGCUUAUGUGCCAGCUGAAUGUCUGGAGCCAGUGAGGACAGUGCCCGAUGAUCAGUGCAUCAGCACUGUCCGAGGUCGGGUGAUUGUGAUCGGAUUCGACUGCGGCAAGCAAGACGCAGAUAUCGGCAGAUAUGCUGAAGUCAUACCUGAGUCUUCCAAGCCAUCGAAGGUGCUAGUUUGUUUCCAGGAGUCAGUGGGAGGCAGGAAACGGACCAAUAUAUUCCCCAUUGGUCUGCUGUGCCGUGCCACUAAUGAGUCCUUGCCCCAUCUAGAGUUGUGGGCGACUGACUUCACGACGGACAAUUGACUUCACGAUCAGUGCUACUGGAAUCAAUGGCACAUCCAAUGCGGGCCUGGAGACAGCAAAAGCUUGGUCACUCGUCUCUUGAUCUUAUUAGAUACCCGGCAAAAGUAUGGCUGUCACCGUCGUUUGGACCAGACGCAUUCCGAUCCUGCAUCUCAGUCAAGAUACGAAAACCUGCUUUUGUGUACAAGAUUACCAGAGAUAGGACAAGAUUACCAGAGAUACAAGAUUACCAGAGAUAGGACAAGAUUACCAGAGAUAGAUCUUCCUCGUCCAGAUUCAACUCUGGUUUC